GGCCUGUUCCCCGUGCAUGCACGUGGCCACGAUGGCAAGGCCUGCGGGGAGUUGAAGAAGGAGAAAGGCAUCCACCGGCUGGAGGCCAUGCUGUUCGCCCUGGACCGCAUCAACAAUGACAACGACCUGCUGCCCAACAUCACGCUGGGGGCACGUAUCAUGGACACCUGCUCCCGUGACACCCACGCUCUCGAGCAGUCUCUCACCUUCGUCCAGGCGCUCAUCGAGAAGGACAGCACCGACGUCAAGUGUCUGAGUGGCGGCCCGCCAAUCAUCACCAAGCCAGAGAGGGUGGUGGGGGUCAUCGGGGCCUCGUCCAGCUCCGUGUCCAUCAUGGUGGCCAACAUCCUGCGCCUCUUCAAGGAUCCGCAAACAGAGCUGAAAAUGCCUGCUCCUGAGCUGAGUGAUAACACUCGCUACGACUACUUCUCUCGCGUGGUGCCGCCGGACACCUACCAGGCGCAGGCCAUGGUGGACAUCGUCAAGUUCAUGCGCUGGAACUACGUGUCUACGGUGGCCUCAGAAGGCAGCUACGGGGAGAGCGGAGUCGACGCCUUCAUACAGAAGUCCAGAGAAGAUGGAGGUGUGUGCAUCGCCCAGUCUGUGAAGAUUCCUCGAGAGCCCAAACCAGGAGAGUUUGAUAAGAUCAUAAAUAGACUCAGGGAUAAUCCCAACGCACGGGUGGUGAUCUUAUUCGCAAGCGAGGAUGAUAUCAGACGUCUCCUCCAGGCGGCUAAGAAUGCCAGCGGGCCGGGCCACUUCAUCUGGAUCGGCUCUGACAGCUGGGGUUCCAAGAUCGCCCCGGUACUGCACCAGGAGGAGAUGGGGGAGGCGGCCAUCACCAUACUGCCCAAACGCCAGCCUAUAAAAGGGUUUGAUCGCUAUUUUAUCAGCCGGACGCUGGACAACAACAGGAGAAAUGUUUGGUUCGCCGAGUUCUGGGAGAACAAUUUCCAGUGCAAGCUCAGCCGCCAUGCCCUGAAGAAAGGAUCAGGCAUCAAGAAAUGCACAAAUCAUGAGCGGAUCGGGAAAGACUCCAAUUAUGAGCAGGAGGGCAAGGUGCAGUUUGUAGUAGAUGCUGUCUAUGCCAUGGCCCAUGCCCUGCACAACAUGCACAAGGAGCUGUGUCCAGGCAGGGUAGGCCUCUGCCAGGCCAUGGAGACUAUCAAUGGCACCAUGCUGCUCAAAUACAUCCGCAAGGUCAACUUCACAGGGAUUGCUGGCAGUCCCGUGCUCUUCAAUGUGAAUGGAGAUGCCCCCGGUCGCUAUGAGAUCUUCCAGUACCAGAUCCGCAACCACUCUAUGGAAUACAAAAUAGUGGGCAACUGGACAGACCAGCUGCAUUUAAAUGUGAAUGACAUCCGGUGGCCCGGCGGUUCCCGCGAGGUGCCCACGUCCAUCUGCAGCCAGCCGUGCCGACCAGGCGAGCGCAAGAAGUCGGUGAAGGGCAUGCCCUGCUGCUGGCACUGUGAGCGCUGCGACGGCUACCAGUACCUGGCCGACACGCACAGCUGCAAGAUGUGCCGCUUUGACCUGCGGCCCAACGCCAACCACACGGGCUGCCAGCCCAUCCCCGUCAUCAAGCUGGAGUGGAGCUCGCCCUGGGCCCUCAUCCCCGUCUUCAUCGCCAUCCUGGGCAUAGGCGCCACCUGCUUCGUGGUGGCCACUUUCGUGCGCUACAACGACACACCCAUCGUGAAGGCGUCAGGUCGUGAGAUGAGCUACGUGCUGCUGACGGGCAUCUUCCUGUGCUACGCCACCACCUUCCUGAUGAUCUCGGCGCCCGACGCCGGCGUGUGCGCACUACGCCGCAUCUUCCUGGGGCUGGGCAUGAGCGUGAGCUAUGCCGCCAUGCUCACCAAGACCAACCGCAUCUACCGCAUCUUCGAGCAGGGCAAGAAGUCGGUGAGCGCCCCGCGCUUCAUCAGCCCCGCCUCACAGCUGAUCAUCACCUUCAGCCUGAUCGGGGUGCAGCUUCUGGGUGUGUGCAUCUGGUUUGGCAUGGACCCCUCCCCCCUAGCCAUUAUUGACUAUGAGGACCAGCGCACGUCCAACCCCGAGCUGGCGCGUGGCGUGUUGAAGUGUGACAUCUCGGACCUGUCGCUGAUCUGCCAGCUGGGCUACAGCAUGUUGCUGAUGGUCACGUGUACGGUGUACGCCAUCAAGACGCGCGGCGUGCCUGAGACCUUCAACGAGGCCAAGCCCAUCGGCUUCACCAUGUACACCACCUGUAUCAUCUGGCUGGCAUUCAUCCCCAUCUUCUUCGGCACCUCACAGUCCCAAGAAAAGAUGUACAUCCAAACGACCACGUUGACCAUCUCGGUGAGCCUGAGUGCCUCUGUGUCUCUGGGGCUGCUCUACCUGCCCAAGGUGUACGUUGUGCUGCUGCACCCAGAACAGAAUGUGGCCAAGCGCAAACGCAGCCUGAAGGCCGUCGUCACCGCGGCAGCCAUGUCCAACAAGUUCAACCCCAAAGGAGGACUCCGCCCCAACGGGGAAGCAAAAUCAGAGCUGUGCGAGAGUCUGGAAACGCAAGCGUCUUCAAAGCAAACAUACAUCAGCUACAGCAACCAUGCCAUCUAGGAAGGCCAAAACACCCUGCGGCCGCCACACCACAUGUCGUCAGUGUGGCCUGCCCUCCUCUUUGUCCCUCCCUGUCUUUCAGA